CCGUCGUCCGUCAAGUUUUCAAAGCUUUGUGUGUGCGAGAACUGCCUAUUUGAGAUGCUGACAAGAUUACCACGACGGGUUGCUGUUGCUUGCGGACGGACGGAACACACAUUUCGGGACGUGAGGAGAAUCGCAGUAACCUUGGUUUGUUCGGGUGUGCGCUAGAUUCUUUUUUUCGGUAACAUUUCCGCGUGCUUCUAGACCGGAAGUGAUUGCAGAAACGGAGCGGUAGUGUUUCUUUUUGUUUACGAUUAUUCGAGGAAGAAUAAUGUUUUGAAUUAGUACGGUGUCACGGAUUUUUCAUCGACGACGUUGUCACUUACGACAGAGAGACAGCGAUUAAGCAACUUUUUUCACGGAGCAGAACAAGGGAAGGAGCACUGAAAAAAGAAGAAAAGGGUGGUUCAGCACGGUGACGGAUUUUUUGCGUAGAUUGCGGUUUGAGGGCGACUACGUAAUGAAUGAGAUUGAGGUGAAACAGGAAAAAGAUGUGGACGUGGACGUGCAGCAUCAGGGCGGAACGGCUGCAAGUGAUGAAAAUUGUGGAUCUGAUCAGGAAAUUGUGGUCGGAAUCGAUGAGGAUCAUAUAAAAUUUCUGACCAGCAUGGCGUCCGGUGAUGAUUCACUGGAUUGCCCACCGGAAAUAGGUGGUAGUGGCAGAAUGAGCCCAGCAGAUCAGGGUGAAGAGGAGGAUGAAGAUGUUAUGGCUGCAGCAGAAUCAAUUUUAUCGAGAACGGCAGAACGGACAAACCAGCCAAUAUAUCACUGCGAGUACUGCAAUAAGAGCUUCACUUGGCUUAAAUCCCUCACGGUGCAUCUUCGCACUCAUACCAACGUAAAGCCGUAUAAAUGCGAAUUAUGCGAUAGGUCUUUUGUAAGGUCCGAUUAUCUCAAAUACCACAUCAUAAAGUCCCAUGAAACUAACGAACAGGUUUUUACCUGUACUGCUUGUUCCGGAGUUUUUGCGACUAAUCGAGGUUUGCUGCGGCAUAUUCGUACCGAACAUGGCGGACAUAUUGAACGGAGGGAAAUAAAUUCCACGAGUGUGGACUGUCCUUCGGACAGCGGAUCGUUCGCUGAAGUUGAUGAACAUGGAAAGUUUGCCUGUACUUACUGCGACGAGUCUUUCGUUGCUCGCAACCAGUUAGUGGAUCACAUGAAACGUCACUUGGGCGAAAAACCAUUCCGAUGUGAUCUUUGUACGAAAUCCUUUAUUCGACAGGAUUUCCUGCAAUGUCAUCGUUCCAACCAUUUGAAAUCAAUGGAUUAUAAGCAGAAUGGAUUUCCGUCUGAAACAUCCAAACGACCACGAAUCAGCCUGAAGAAAAUGGAAGAUCUGGUACAAUCCAAUUCUGCUUCUAGGGCAGAGUCGAGCGAUGAUGAAGCGGAUGAAGGCGGUGCAAGCUCUUCGGAUAGCGAGAACCAGGAUGAGUUGGAUGUGGAAGAAAGCGAAGAACAGAGAAGUUUACUGGCAGCGUUACUGAAAGAGGUUUCCAAAACGGACGACGAUCGACUUCAGUGUCCGCGGUGCGAGAAGACAUUCCCGGAGCAGUCAGCGUUGAAGAUGCACCUAAGGACGCACACUGCGAUUACCCCGUUCAAAUGCCCACUAUGCAGCUUGGCAUUCAUUCGAUCCGACUAUCUGAAGAACCAUCUGAAGAAACACAUCGAAGACAAUGGCGAGGAUCCCGGAGCGCCAGGAGCAAUUGAUACCUCUACCUUAUCGUUCAGCAUGUCCAGCUUUGCAAACACAGUAACUGCCGCAACAUCGUCACAAUCGUUGCUCAAACCGAUUAGUGCUCGGCCGCAGUCGACUGGAAUCUCACUGCUUAAACCACCCGAGGAGAGAAAACCUCCCGAUCAGCAAGAGUACUGCAUCCGAACUGAUGACGGUAAAUUCAUGUGCACAGUGUGUGAACGGGUGUUCUCCCAUCAGCAAACCGUACGUAUUCAUUUUCGGAUCCAUACCAACGAGAAACCGUACAAAUGUAGUCACUGCUCCGAAUCGUUUAUUCGGUCGGACUAUCUGGAGAGGCAUAUGAAGGUGCACUGGAAAGAUGGUCCGGGCAUCCUGCCUGCGAUGGUGGGAAGGAGCUCUUUGGUUCCAUUUGGGGCGUCGGAUAGUAGUGACUCGACGAGUCCCCAGAAACUGACCAUUGGUCGGGCUGGUUUACUCCCGGAGAACUAUCACUUUGUCGAAGCAGGUGAUGGUCAGUAUGCAUGUAAAAUUUGCGAACAAGUAUUCACACAUAGUGAUUCAUUGCGGAAGCAUGCGCUCACCCACACGGAGGAAAAACCUUUCUUCUGCGAUAUCUGUGAUCGAUCUUUCAAUAGGGUCGACUACCUUAAGGAGCAUUUCAAAUCGAAACGGCACCGACAAGCGCUAGCUGAGACGAACGGCGAGACGAUCGAAGAAGAUGAUGAUUCCACCACCGAUACAAGUCUUACCGGACGUAUGGCCAAGACAAAGUCCCCGAUCAGCCCCAUGACGAAUGCUCUGGCAGAACGAAUAGAAUUCCAGCGAACCGAUGACGGCCGCUACAAGUGUACAGAGUGUGACAAAACGUUCGUCACGGCGGUUACACUUAAAAUGCAUCUGCGGUUACAUACGGGCGAGAAGCCGUACAAGUGCAGCAUGUGCAGUAUGGCAUUUAUUCGGUCGGAUUACUUGAAAACGCAUGAAAAAAUACACCGACAGGAAGCGUACAUGAGUCAUCGACGGAUGAGGGUUAAGGAAGAUGAUGACGAUGACGAUGGCGUAGAUAGAAGUUCUGGCGAUGAAUCGGGAGAUGAGACUGGUAUGCACCAAGUGCAUACGACGGGUGACUACAAUGGUCGGCUAGAUGUCAAACAAGAUCCGGAGAUACAUAUCGAGGAUACAGUUGCCGUUGAUGAUGGUGAGGAAGCUGAAGAGGAGGAGGAAGAAGAGGACGACAGUGAAGAUGAACAGGUUAUUGAAGUGAUGGUGAAAGAGGAAGACUCCGACGAUGACGAAACUGAAGAGGAAGAUGACGAAGGGGAAGAAAAUCAGGAUGACCAACAAGAGGAGGAGGAAGAGGAAAAUGAUAACAAUAAUAGCUACGAGAACGAGGAUAGUGCAUCGAGGGCAAGUGGUGGAGCCGGGUCCGAACCCACUGGUCCAAAGACCAAACACCGCUGUCAUGUUUGUAGAAAGGAAUUUGCCUGGCCCAAAUCCCUGAAAAUUCACCUCAGGACGCAUACUGGUGAGCGGCCUUACGAGUGCGAGGUGUGUGGGAAAAGCUUCACCAGAUCCGAUAGCUUGAAGGCGCACCGUAAUACACACGGUGAUGUCAGGGUGCUACAGUGCCAUUUGUGUGAUGCAAGCUUUACGAAUGAGAGCGGUCUGAUACGACAUCAAAAGUUGGAACACGGUAUAGAACCACUGGAUGUUUGAGAGUAGAUAUGAGCACAUCGUACCUCAGAAAAGAAUUGUUUUCACCAUUUUCGUCCAUUCACCAUGUUACAAGCAUACAAAAAGUGAUGACAAUACCAUUCUGGAAGCACCACCACUUGGAAUUUAAUACACGAUGAUAUCCAACACUGCACUCGUAGUAGCAACAAGUUGGCAUGGUUUUUAGUCGUACACCACCGCCCAUCCAAAUAGUUAGAAACUCUGCGGCUAUAGAACCAUAUUUUUACUAGACUACAAUAUGUAUGUAUAGUAGUAUAUGAAGAAAUUUGAAUUUCUCAUUUUUCAUGGUUUUAUUAUCAUAAUCAAGCAUAGAUGAUAGUACGGCGUUAGGCAGAAUAGGAAGUCGUUGCUGUGGUAAUAUUUUGAUCGACUCACUGCGUGAGUGUUCCAAUGAUGUACAGAUUUCUCUGGUGUCUGUAAAAAUGAUUUAAACAAAACUUUUAAUUUGAAAAAAUCUUGUUUGUGUAAAGAAAAAUCACUAGCAUUUGUUUUGCGUCUCUGACAUUUUAUUUUCCAGUGUAUGAUAAAAUAGAAACAGGUGGAAAACAAUUGCAUACAUUUUAUAUGCAAACAAUUUCCGAAGAUGUUAGAUUUUUCACAAAGUAUGUAUAUUUGUAUUAUUUGAA